AUACACUCUUCUUGGUGAGUAAAGUUCCUCAUUUCAUCACUUUAUUCAUUGGUCUCGCUUUUGGGAUUUCCUCUCAAUCUAACAUGGCAUAACUUGAGUUUCUGACUUUUCUUCAUUCUUGAUUUGGUUUACAGAUAUCAGGGAUCGCUCUGAUGGUGAUCGGAGUGCUGCAACACUCAACUUACUCCCAAUUUGGAAACUUUACAGGAAGCAGCUUGUCUAAAAUCUCCAUAGUUCUCAUCGUGGUAGGUGUCAGCAUCGUCCUGGUGUCCCUCUUAGGUCACAUUGGGGCGUUUAUGGAGAACACCUCUAUGCUGGGCAGUUUCAUCUGCAUCCUGAUAGUCAUCCUCCUUUUGGAAUUACUCACUGGAGGGGCCUUUUACAUCCUCCACAGCAGGACGGCCCUUCUGAAGAUGAACAGCGAUAUCAACACAAAAACGCGGGAGGCGAUCUAUAAAUACGAUCCAGAGAACAGAGAUCCUGUCAACAGGAUUCAAGAAAAGCUCAGCUGCUGCGGCGCAGACACCUACACUGACUGGUACAGAAGUGGAGGCUGGGCCAAACAAGACGCCGUGCCAGAUUCCUGCUGUGUGGUGAAAAAGCCUGGCUGUGGACAGCAGAAGGAGGAAAUAAACAAAAAGGGAUGCAGCAUGGCUAUCAAGCUCUUUCUGUUGAAGAACAUAGUGUGGGUUGGGGCGGUCUGCAUUGGACUUGGAAUCACUGCGGUCUUUGGAGUGCUGGUGGGCAUUUGCUUGUGUCUGAACAUUAAAAGAAAGAACUAUCAAAACUUGGACUGACCCAUUACGUCAACCAUCGUCACAAAUUGCUGAUCUUUUUAAACACGUUGUCAGAUUAGGAUUAGUUUAUUUCCUCUGUUUGCUUCCUAUCAUAAUGGUUGCCUUGCUUCUUUUUUACUGCUUGUCUGCAAAGUACCAAUGGUUAAUAACACUGGAAACUUCUGAAAAAGACCUGCUGUCUAAAUUUUACUCUUUCUCUGAAAGCUUUUGCUCAAUAUAUUGAUAUUAUAAUA